AUGUCUUCUUCUUUACUUCAUCAGUCUUAUAGAUCUGAAUUCGAUACAUUUGGUGAAUUAAAAGUACCUUCAACCAAAUACUAUGGUGCUCAAACUCAACGUUCAUUACAGAAUUUCGAUAUCGGUGGUGAUCAAGCUCGGAUGCCUCAAGCUUUAAUUGAAGCAUUUGGUUAUAUAAAAAAAUCAGCUGCUAUCGUUAAUGCUUCUCAUGGUUUGGAUCCAAAGGUUGGAGAAGCAAUUUGUCAAGCAGCAGAUGAGGUUAUCAGUGGUAAGUUAAAGGAUCAUUUUCCUUUGGUCGUCUUUCAAACUGGUUCUGGUACUCAGACUAAUAUGAAUGUGAACGAGGUCAUCUCGAAUCGAGCUAUUGAGAUCUUGGGUGGUGAACUCGGAAGCAAAAAGCCUGUUCAUCCAAAUGACCAUGUUAACAUGUCUCAAUCUUCCAAUGACACGUUUCCUACUGCUAUGCAUGUAGCAGCAGUUCUUCAAAUCAAACGUCACUUGAUCCCUUCACUAGAAUCUUUGAUCUCAGCUAUCGCAGCCAAACGUGAAGCGUUUAAGGAGAUCAUUAAGAUUGGUCGAACUCAUUUACAAGAUGCUACGCCACUUACGCUUGGUCAAGAGUUUUCGGGUUACGAACAACAAUUGAUUCAUAACUUGGAUCGUAUUCGAGCUGUUCUUCCUAGACUCUCUAUGUUGGCUCAAGGUGGUACGGCAGUUGGAACAGGAUUAAACACUCCACUUGGAUUUGAUCGAGCUAUUGCUGCAGAGAUUGCUAAACAAACUGGACUUGAAUUUGUGACAUCGACCAAUAAGUUUGAAGCCUUAGCAUGUAAUGAUACAGUAGUAGAAGCAUCAGGUGCUAUGAACGUAUUGGCUGUCAGUUUGAUGAAGAUUGCAAAUGAUAUUCGAUUCUUGGGAUCUGGACCUCGUUGUGGAUUAGGUGAAUUAUCUUUACCUGAGAACGAACCUGGAAGUUCAAUCAUGCCGGGAAAAGUGAAUCCUACUCAAUGUGAAGCGUUGACCAUGGUUGCUGCACAAGUCAUGGGUAAUCAUUCUACUAUCUCUAUUGCUGGUUCGAAUGGACAUUUUGAGUUAAACGUCUUUAAACCUGUCUUGAUUUCCAAUCUACUUCAAUCUAUUAGACUUUUAGCAGAUGGAAUGAAAUCUUUUGAAAAGAAUUGUGUGAUUGGAAUCGAACCGAAUAAAGAAAGGAUUCAUCAAUUACUUAAUGAAUCAUUAAUGUUAGCUACUAUUCUGAAUAGUCGAUUAGGAUAUGAUAAUGUGGCGAAAUGUGCAAAGAAAGCACAUAAAGAAGGAACUACACUUAAAUCGGCUACUGUUUCACUUAAACUUUUAAGUGAAGAAGAGUUUGAUGAGAUCGUUCGUCCAGAACUAAUGUUGGGUCCUGAAAGUCAAACCAAAUAA